ACACAUUUUCAGCUUUCACUGUGCAGCUUGGUGAAAAAUAACCUUGCAAACUAGCUUUGUCUGAGUCCCACGGACAUAUGUCGUGAUGUAUAUUAUACAUGUACAGGUGUCAGCGUUAGCUAGCUCUAAAAACUCAUGGACCAAUAUAAAUCAAUGGGAAGCUAACAAGCGUAGCUAAUGAAUUAGCUUCACCUGCAUUCCUAACUCAAGCAGAAAGCGCCAUUUUUGGACUUUCUUCGGGAUUUUACUCUCCUAGGACAAGCUCCUGCUUUCAGUGAGCGUCACAAUGCCUUUAUCUCCGUUUACCACGCUUGCAGCCGUGGUUUCCAACAUUUUUGCCACUUGGGAAAACAAAAGUUGAACCUUAACCCUGCUUCGACUUUCUCAGUGAACACAGCACCGUCUGUUCUGCACGAUGUGGCUGUGUAUUGCUGCUUUCCUGCUGUGGACAGGGUCAGGAGGAUGCACAGAGAAGGCCAACACAUCAGACCUACUUGACUACACUGCUGCAGACUUCUAUGACAAACUGCAUUCUGGGAAGAUGAUGUUUAUCUAUUUUGAGCAUAAAGUCUCUCCAACCAUCUCUCUCUUCUUGGUGGAGCUGGAGAAGUCUGCUGAAGUCCUGCAGGACUAUGGAGUACUGGUUGGCAAGGUCAAUUGCAAUAAAGAGCUGGUUCACACAUACUGCACAGACGAAAGGCUACUGCACACAGCUUUUCUGUUCAGGGGGGGUAAGGAGUUCUUGGGUUUGGAUUUGGACACCGUGUUUGACGUCAACUCCAUAGUCUCUGAAGUCCUGUUUCUUCCUUUCUCCUCCAGUGCCAUUCUACGUGAAGAGGUCAAGUACGUCCACACAGAUGCUGACCUCUUGGCCAUGGAGAAGGCAGCCAGGGGCCAGAAGGAUAUCGUGCUGGGUUACGUCAGCAGUCUGGGAACACAAGAGCACAGGUCGAUGAUGGAGACAGCAUAUGUGUACGGAUCCAAGUACCAGUUCAUCCUCAUAACAGGAGGUCCAGUCCUGAAACAUUUAGGGGUCAAUGAAUCGUCUCACUCGUCCCAAGUGUGGUUCCUCCACUGUAGAGUUCACAGUGGCUUCAUGACCCCGAUGACCUCUGAGCGCUGCCCUGUGACCCGCAUGAGGAAACCCCUGUCCAUCCUCAGCCUGCACUCCUUCCUGCAGCUCAUGGAGGCUCCACUGGUGUCGGAGGUGUACGACGACCCCUCCGUGGUCCCGCCCCCCCAGUUCCCCUACCAGCAGACCCCCCAGGUCUUCCUGUUUUCUCGUCCUGAAACCGAACACCUGGACCUGGACACAGCCACCACUCUGGCCUGGAGGCUCCGCGGCAUUGCCCUGCUGCUGCUCGUACACAGGCAGAGUCUUGCAGUGAAAACCCCUGAUGAAUAUAAUGCUGCUUACAGGCUGCCUGAGAAGAGUUUAGAGGUGAAGUAUAUGACCUUACGCAACUUGGAUGAGGUGCUGGAGCUCUUCACAAAUCAGGAGAAAGAGGAAGAGGAGGAGGAGGAGGAAGAGGAUGAAGAGGAAGAGGAGGACUCAGAUUUUGGUACGCUUGACGAUGAAAUUGCGGCGUCUGUCUACGAAAACCGAGGCAACUUGCUGGACAUGGACUCGAUUGCCCAACUGACCUCUGACAACUUCCACACCACAGUAGCACAAAGCAGCCUGACAGUGGCACUGUUCUACCUCAAAUGGGACGCUGUUUCAAUGGCUUUUCUCAGCUCCUUCAUUGAAGUUGCAGAGAGGCUCGAAGACUCAGAGGUCGACGAUGUCCAGAUGAGCGCCGUCGACUGUGGAGAGUGGACCGACCUCUGUGGCGCUCAGCCAGGCGGGCCCCUCCCGGUCCUGUUUCAGCCGAUCACAGCCUUCCCCAGCGUCCUGGUGCUUCGCCCCCAGGAGCCGGCCCAGCACUACAGAGGCAUGCUGGGUAGUGAGGCUCUGCAUCGCUUCAUCUUGCUGAGCCGCCCAGCGUCUCCUGUUCUUCUGUCCACCCAGGAGGAAGUAAUGUCAUUUCUUCAGGAAGUGCCUCAUCCUGAGCUAGCGGGCUAUAAGCCUGACAGAGUUCUGGGACUCUUUAAGACACAAACACAUGCAGGACUGCCACUGUUUACUGAAGCAGCAAAGUCAUUGAGAGGAGAGGUGCUGACUGGAUGGCUGACAGACGGGCUGGCAGAGAAAUGGGCCGCAGACCACGCUGUGGACCUCCCUGCGGUGUUGGUGUUUCCUUCUUGGAGGACACACACUCAUCCCUCCACGCUGCCUGUGUCCUCCUCUGCUGAGGAGCUGCUCACACACAUCAACACUGCGCUGCUUCAUCCGAUGCCUGAGCUGACGGUGGAAAACCUGCCGUCCUUCCUCUCUCUGGGUAAAGCCCUCCUCCUCCUCUUUGUGGGUGAGGAGGAGGACGAGGUCGGGCGGAGGCAGAACCAGGCGCUGGUGGAGGAGAUGAGACGAGUGGUAGAGCUGGGAGAAGGCAGGAUGGAGCGAUACCUGGCCUGCUGGAUCCACCUUGGCCGUACUCCAGCUGGUAUGUCUGUCCUGGGGUCAUACCUGGGCUCUAUGCCCCUCCUCCCCGCCCUGGUCCUCACCCAUUUACCCUCUGGGGAUGAAAUCUAUCAGUAUCCUCCCAACACCCCCAUAGUGGCCCCUUCUGUCCUGCUGUGGCUGCAGAGAAUCGAGGACGGGACUGAAUCACCUGCAGGGACGCUGGGUGAGGACAGCUGGCCUCCUCCUGCCAAGUUCUACGACUUCCUGAAAAUCAUGGACACGCAGGAACCCGGCUCCACCCAGCAGCAAAAAGCUAAAGAGGAGGAAGAAGAAGAAGAAGAGGAGGUGGAUGUGGAAGAGGAUCUGGUGGCAGAUGCCUCCUCUAGCUCUCCUGCUCCUGAUGCGAACCCUAACACUCACUCUGAACUCUAACAGCUCUUAAUUAUCACUCAGACACAUAUUCUGAAGGCCGCCCGCUUAGCUCAGUUGUUAGAGCCUGAGACCCAAUCUCUCGGGGUUGUGGGUUUGAACCCCGCUCUGGACGGCUUCACCUCUCUGUAGGACUAUGGUGCGUUGUGGAUUGGGCAGCAGACCUGGGCCUGGAGAUCAUGACAUGACUUGACAUGAUAUGACAUAUUCUGAAGGUGUUUUCUCAGGAAUGUUUACAGAAGCAGUCAGUUUCAUUUCCUGGAAUCUUACGCCACCACAGUCUGCUGUGGUUUUGUGUCUGAUUCACAGUGAACUCCAUGGUUUCAGCUGAUUAAUUGACUGAUUUUUUUUUUUUUUUUUUUAGUCAGUUUCUGUAUUUUGCUUUUGUUUUAGCUCAGCUGGUAAAUGGGCCAAAGUCAAUUUGUGUAUAAACUGCUCCCAUGUACGUAAUGUGUUACACACUACACAACAACAUCUGUAUGACUCUGAACCCCACCUAAACAAACACAAGAGUGAGCUCAGCAAAUACACUAAACACUGCAGUGGUACAAAACAACUAAGUGUACAAGCACUUUGACUCAAGUAUUUAAUUUUAUGAAUAUUGUACGUUUAACGUCUCUGCAUCUAUCAACAGCUGUGAAUAACAGAAAAUUUACAUAUAUAUAAAUAGUCAGUAUAUAUUCCAAAAUGAACUCCACCCUCACAGGGGCCAUUUCCCUGCAGUAUGUGUACUUUUAUUUUUGAUACUUUAAGUAUAUUUUGCUGUUAAUACGUAAAUAUAUUUACUCAUGUAAGAAUUUGAAGCCACUAUUUUUACACUGUUGUAUUUCUACUUUAUUUAAGUAAAGGAAUCUGAAUUUUCCUCCACUCCUACUCUCUUAUUGCCAAAUAAUGGGUGCACACAUACAGAAGAAAAAUUACAAACAGACUUUAAAGAUGAAUGGGAUUGCGAAUACGUGUUUCCUGUGCCAGUAAAACUGGAAUCAGUGAUUUAAUCAGACUGGCUGUCGGCUUCUUUGCAGAGCUUCAAGGUUAAUAACUAUAAACGGUACCAUUAUGAAAUGUUAACUGUAGCUACAUCUGCCUUCUC